AUGAGGCCAAAAUGGGCCAAAAUGAGCCCAAAAUGGUGGGUCCAGGCCGAUGCCCCCGACGUCCUUUGCCCCCAGGAGACCAAAUGUGGGGCCGAGUCGGUGCCAGAGGAGCUGCGGAGCCUCGGGGCCUUCCCUCACCAGCACAGCCCCAGCGACCGGCCCAGCUACAGCGGCGUGGGGCUGCUCAGCAGGACCAAACCCCUGGCUGUCACCUAUGGCAUGGGUGACCCCGAGCUGGAUGCCGAGGGCCACGUGCUGACGGCCGAGUUCCCUGCCCUGCGCGUCGUUUGCAUCUACGCCUGGGACGAGCGCUUCCGCUCCUUCGUGUCCCAGCUGGACCGGUCCAAACCGGUCGCCAUCUGCGGCGACCUCAACGUCGCCCACCAGUCCUUGGACCUGAGGAACCCGUCGGGGAACAAGAGGAGCCCCGGGUACACGCGGGAGGAGAGGGAGGCGUUCGGGGAGCUGCUGGGGGCGGGCUUCCUCGACAGCUUCCGGGUGUUUAACCCCUUGCUGCCCAACGCCUUCACCUUCUGGACCUACCUGAGCGGGGCCAGGGCCAGGAACAUGGGCUGGAGGCUGGAUUACUGCCUGUGGUCCCAGAGGGGCCGGAAGGAUCUGUGCGACAGCAGGAUCGAGCAGCGGGCCCAGGGCAGCGACCACUGUCCCGUGGGGAUCUAUCUGGCGCUGGAGGGGGCAGGCUGA